CAGACUAACUCAGCUAACGCUGCGUGUUUAGCGCUGAUUUGCGAGGAAACUCGGACUUAAACACUGUCUUUUGUGGUUUUGUUGUCAGAGAACAGACGUUAUGGAUGGGGAGCGAUUGAGCGAGCAGCUGGAUCAAGGACUAAAGAUGCACACGCCAUCCCACCCUCUGCCUGUGGAAAUACAGCAGAUGGAACAAGCAGAGACAUCCUGCCAGUACUGUGGCGUGAGCUACCUGAUCCUGCACGAGUUUCAGCGGCUGCAGGAGCGGCUGCAGGACGUGGAGAGGGAGUUGGAGAGAGAGCGAGGGAGCGUAGAGAGGGAGAGAGCAGUCCGAGAGCAGCUGGAGAGCUCCUAUGUUCAGUUGGAGGAGCUCCAAGCAUCUCAGCAGCUCCUGGAGAAAAGAGUGAAGGAUCUUGUACAGCAGGUGUCCGAGGCAGGUUGUGAGCUGGAUGCCACGAGGGCAGAACGUGACAGAACGCAAGGAGAGUUGGUGAAUGAGUGCCGUCGCCACUUGCGACUCAGGGCUGUGAGUCUGCGUCAGCAAGACGUCCUGAAGGAGUCUCUGGCCGCGCUACAGGGUUCUGCGGCUGGACUCUGGGAUGUGCGACAGCAGCUCACUCAGCACUCAGAACACUGGAACACAAUCAGAGUGCAGAUACUGCAGCAUUGCUCUGCUGCUUCUACAGAGCGAGCUGGUUUGCAGCAGGAGGUGGACAGGGCAGAGGCAGAGCUUGUACGACUUCAAGCAGAGGUCCAGGAGCUGCAGUCAAGCCUGAAUACGUGUCGCCUGCAGGCUCAGAGGCUGGAGAACCAGGUCCAGAACCAGGAGAUCCUUCAGAACCAAAACCAGCAGGCACAAUCACAGAUCCAGGAGCUGAAGCGGGACGUGGAGAUUCUGCGGGGCGAGUUAGAGACAAAUCACAGUGAGAGAGCGCGUGUGGAGAGGCUGCUGGAGACCAGGCGUGAGGAGGAGGAGAUGGAACGCUCUCGGUGGCAGCAGCAGAGCAAUGAGCAGAGCGCCACCAUACUGAGGCUGUCCUCAGACCUGAGGGAAAAGGAGACGAGCUGGUUGUCAUGCCAACAGCAACGUGAGUCCUUUCAGCAGCAACUGUUGGCGUGGCAACAGAAGGAGCAGGAGGUGACCCGGGAGCUGGAGAGGGCAGAGGGUGAGAGGGAGGAGCUUACAACCGCCCUGCAACUCUCACGCACACACACCGCCACGCUGCUACAGGAGAGGGAGGUGCUGGAGCGCACUCAUAAAGAGGAAUUGCAGAAGCUGGAGAACACCUUCAGGAGGAGACUGGAGGUCACCGAGGAGCAGAGGUCAAAGUUAGAGGCCUGGGUGCAGCGGGAGAAGGUUGAGAGCGAGAGGCUUGUUGAGCAGAGAGAGAGAGAGUGGAGGAGAGAUGCCGCUCUACAGCUUGACACUGAAAGACAGAACAGCCAACAGCUGAUUAAUAAAUACCAGACUGAAUACCAUCAGCUACAGCAGCAGAUACCUGCUCUGGUGCAGUCAGCUGUGCAGGAGCUGCAAGUGAAAGUAUCUGCUCUGGAGGUGCGUGUGCGAGAGCGAGAUGAGGAGGUACAGCGAGGCAGAGAGGAGGCCCAGCAUACCCUACAGGAGCAUCAGCAGGGGGUGCUAGAGCUGCAGCAGGCUUUCAGAGACAUCCAGCACCUCAGAGAGGAGAGCGCCGCCCUGCAGGAGGAGAACGCACUGCUGCAGGAGACAGUAAGGCGUGAGUGUGAGGAGAGGGCGGAGCUUACAGCUGCUCUCACUCUGGCCAGAGAACAGCUGUUGGGGCUCAGGCAUCCCACCGCUGAAUCCCAGAGCCCCAGCCAGCCCUCCCUGCCCAGGCUGGGCCGUCCAGCAGGCCGAGACGCAGUCAGCGGGGGCCGGAGCGUAGCGUCCUGGCACGGAUCCUCUAAAACACAAACCCUGCCCAGACUGGACGCAGAGAGAGGCCCCGCAGUAAGCGAGGCCCGUCAGCACAUCGCCAUGGUGAUGGGCAGGAAGAACAAGCGCUGAUGCUGAAGGUGUAAUCUGUCUGUGACUGUGAUCUCAAUAUCCUUCAACAUUGUUCAGUACAGAUACUGUAACCUCCACACCGAUUCCUGAAGGACGCUUUAUUCUGAUGACCUUCUUUUAGAGUAAAGAUCUGAAGGAGGUGUGGCUUAAACCACAAAUGGUUUAAGGGUCAUACCAGAUUGCAGACGAAUCAAGAAGUGCUGAUAACUUACAUAUGGAAUAUGAUUUAGGCCAUAAAGAAUUAGUCUAAACCCUAAGAAGGAUUAGCCUAUGUGCUGUGGUAGAGAUGGUGCAGUGUACCAGUGAAAGUUUGUUUCCUACAAAAAUGCACAAUCUGCUGGAUUUUAUAAACUAUGAAGAAGUAAAACUAUAGUGUUGUGUGUCCUGGCAUGUACUGUCUAUUGGAUAUAAUAAACUAUAU